AUGGCCGUGCCCCAGCGCGCGCCCGGCCGCAUGUGCGUGUCCUCGUCCCGCUGCUGCUCUUGUCGUGCGCCCCGAUGUGCCAUGGCCUCACCCCGCUGUUGUUGCUGUUGUUGCCGCCGUGACCGAAGCCCCGUCGUGGCCGCACAGGAGUUCUGCUUCAUCGCGCGCCCGCGCCGCCCACUCACCGCCACGCCUCGCUGCUGCUCUGGCCAUUGCCGCCUCCGCUCGAGCUCGCCGCGUCCCCGCAGCCAUCCCGCGCCCCGACCUGCUGCCGUGGCUCCCGGCGCUGCGCUCGCCUCACCCUGGCUUUAUCCCUACUCGCCGCGCCACCCGCUCGCGCCUGGGCCACCCCGCUCGUCUACUGCCGCCGCGCUGCUGGAGCCCGACCACGGCCUCCGCUCGCUGACCCUGCCGCCCACCGCUGCCGACGCCGCCCUGUCCCCUCGCCCCGCCGCGCCCGCUCCGGCCGGCCAUAGCCGCCGGCCGCGCACCCCGCGGCCAUCUCCGGCGUCCGGCACCGGUGACCUGGCGCGCCCCUUCGCCCAUGCCCGUUCGGGCGGGUUCGCCCGCCCGUUCGACGCGCCCGCCCCGGGUGGCCUCUAG